GCUGACAUUUUGACUUUGACUUUGACAUUCCACAUCGGACGGGACGAGGAACAAGCCGAGUGCGCAUUACGCCCCCCCGGCGCAUCGACCAGCGUCUGUGGAUUCAGAUUGCUAUCUUGCACUCUCCUCCUUCUCAGUUUCGCUCUCGAGUCUCACACACAGAGAGAAGAGAGAGAGAGCGAGCGGGAGAGACGGAGUGAUCGAGCUCAAGACAGAGAGAGGAUUACGGCGUGUGAGAUGUGGGAUCUCUACGCAUGGCUCGGGUCUUUCUUCAUCAUCAUAGCUCUGCUCGUCAUCAUCGUCUUCCAGCUCAUGUGCUUGGCAGAUCUGGAGUUUGAUUAUAUAAAUCCUUAUGAUUCCUCGUCGCGUAUAAACAGAGUGGUGAUGCCAGAGUUUAUUGGGCAAGGAGCGUUAUGCUUCUUCUAUCUGGUAACGGGGCAUUGGUUUAUGUCCCUAUUAUGUGUUCCAUAUCUAUACCACAAUGUGCAAUUGUACAUGCGAAGGCAGCAUCUUGUUGAUGUCACAGAGAUAUACAACAUGCUGAAGUGGGAAAAGAAACAGCGGCUUUUCAAGCUGGCUUAUCUGAUUUUAUUGCUCUUCCUCUCCAUAUUUUGGAUGAUCAUGGGUGCGCUGAAUGAACACGAUUGAACUGGGAAAUCACUUGUUUUCUGAAGUUAUUUGAUUUCGAGUGGGCUUGUGUCGGCGGUCCUCAGGGGUUACUGCUUUAACAUCACUACAGGGAUCUGCGGAUGCUGGAAACUUUGGGGGAGUUUAGACUCUGUAGGAUUUUAGGGUGUUAUGUUAAUUUAUUUGCACUUCGAUUUCCAGGAAAGUUGCGGUGAUUCCUGCUCCUCCUCUUAGGCUGUAGGACUGUACUGCUUACUUUAUAUCUUUGCCGCCCUUUACACGCGAUUCAGGUGUAUACUUCAAACGAUAAUGUAUGUUCUGGAAAUCACAACUUUUUGGCCAAGAGUUGAAUCAUUCA